GUAAUCCAAGUAAAGAAGUUGCGGAGCUGUUGGGUGGUCUACAAAAGAAAAGGAGAAAUGCAAGGCUGGUUAUCUGGUGGCGCCGGGAUCGGCGAAGAGCAACCCAAGGCGGGAUCGUCUCUGUUGGCCAAAUGGAACUCGUACGCAGCUUCACGACACUCAGAAGAGGGAGGAACGAGUGGGUUUGGGUUCGACAUCGAGGCGCUGCAGUGAGGUCUGCUAAUGAUACCGUCACUGGCACCUUCAAUGUGUAACCAUCAUCUUUUUCUCCUUGAUCUUGGGAAAGUUUUGUAAUUCAUGUUUUUUUUUUUUCUUUUGGGUGUGGAUUGCCGAUUUUGAUUUUGGGUUGUCGAUUUUAUAUAAGUGAAUUUGAUGACAGGUGGUUGCUUUAUGGGACCUAGGGCGGCUCUAUGAUUUUGAGGGUUCUUUGCAAUACAGUGUCCUGUAUUUUUGCUAGUGAAAUUGAUUGUUUCAGAUUGCUGUUUGUCUACACCAACAUAGAAACAAUCUAUGUGGUAUUUGAUGAUAUAUGGGAAAAUGAGAUGGCUGAAUUGGCAAGCCAAGUAGGAUUAGUUUUGCUAGCAGCGUCGUUGUAUGAAUGUUCAGUUGUUGUUUACUUACUUAGUAGGUUUAGGGCUGUGUUUC